CACAACGAUCAUUAAUCAGUACCGCUUUCCCAACACUGGUAAGUCAAAUUGAUUCAAAUGAUCGCUACGUUAACGGCCAAAAAACAACAAACAAAAAUGAAUCUAUUCGUGAAAUUCAUCAUUGCUAAUUUAGCUGUUUGUCUAGUACAAUCAGCAGUUGUACAUGAAAAAUGUAACAUGAUAUGUACAAAAGAAUAUAAUCCAGUCUGUGGAUUAGAUAACACUGGAAACUCCAAAACAUUUAGCAACAAAUGCACUUUCGAAUAUGAACAAUGUGAAAACCGUGGCGCAGAAUGGCGUUUAAUUGCCGAAUCUGAAUGUGAUAAUACAAAAACAACAACAUGUACUGACUUCUGUACAAUGGAAUACCGACCAGUAUGUGGUAUGGACAAUACUGGACGUAGAGUCACAUUCGGAAAUAAAUGCAUUUUUGAAUCCGAACAAUGUAACAACAGAGGUGCUGACUGGAAACUUACCACGGAAUCUGCUUGUGAAGAUCAACAACAAGAUUCAAUUGAGGAAUGUGCAACAUUCUGUCCAUUAAUCUACCAACCCGUUUGUGGUAUGGAUAACACAGGCAACCGAAAAACAUUUGGGAAUGAAUGCCACUUCAAACAACAACAAUGUAAUAACCGUGGCUCUGAAUGGCGAAUUGUCAAACAAGAUACAUGUGAAUCCGACGUACAAUCAAAAACAUCCGAAGUUUGCCCAGCUUUCUGUACUUUAGAGUAUAUGCCAGUUUGUGGUAUGGAUAACACAGGCAAUCAAAGAACAUUUGGAAACAAAUGUACCUUCGAAGUUGAACAAUGUAACAAUCGUGGAGCUGAAUGGAAAAUAAUUCAACAUUCUGAAUGCACUUACGUUGACUCAGUUGUAUCAACCUGCAGUAAACCUUGCACACGUGAAUACAAACCAGUUUGUGGAUUAGAUAACACAGGUAACAAACAAUUGUUUUCCAACAAAUGCAUGUUUGAAAACGAACAAUGCGAAAACCGUGGUGCUGAAUGGAGAAUGGUUAGCUUAUUAAAAUGUAUAGAACAAAGUACCAAUGAUGAUCUUGAAUGUCCACAAAUUUGCCCAUUAAGCUAUCGCCCACUUUGUGCUAUGGACAAUACUGGUAAUACAAAAACAUUUAGCAACGAAUGUUACUUCAAAGCUGAACAAUGUGAAAAUCGUGGUGCUGAAUGGAGAGUUAUUAAUAAUCAAGAUUGCCGUCUCCGAUCUGCUCCAAAAACUGAAUGUCCAAAGAAAUGCACACGUGAAUACAUGCCAGUAUGUGGUGUUGACAACACAGGAAACUUCAGAACCUUCAACAAUGAAUGUGAAUUCAAAACUGAAGAAUGUGAAAACCGUGGUGCCGAAUGGAAACUUGUUGCUAAACAAGAUUGUCGUUUACGCGAAACUGAUGACCAACAAUGCCCAUUAGUUUGCCCACUUUUGCUUUCUCCAGUUUGUGGAAUGGACAACACAGGCAACCAACGCACAUUUGAUAACGAAUGCGUAUUUAAAAAGGAACAAUGUGAAAAUCGUGGUGCUGAAUGGAGAAUAGUUAGCAAUCAAGAUUGCCGUCUUAGACGAUCUGUACGUUCAGUCUCAAAAGCUGAAUGUCCUAAAGUAUGCCCACUUUUACUUUCUCCAGUAUGUGGUAUGGACAACACCGGUAACAUGAGAACAUUCGACAACGAAUGUGAAUUCAAAAAAGAAGAAUGCGAAAACCGUGGUGCUGAAUGGAAACUUGUUGCUAAACAAGAUUGUCGUUUACGCGAAGCUGAUGACCAACAAUGCCCAUCAGUUUGCCCACUUUUACUCUCACCAGUUUGCGGAAUGGACAACACAGGCAAUCAACGCACAUUUGAUAACGAAUGUGUGUUCAAAAAAGAACAAUGUGAUAAUCGUGGUGCCGAAUGGAGAAUAGUCAGCAAUCAAGAUUGCCGUCUUAGACAAACAGUUUCAAAGGCUGCAUGCCCAAAGGUCUGCCCACUUUUACUUUCUCCAGUAUGUGGUAUGGACAACACUGGUAACUUGAAAACUUUCAGUAACGAAUGUGAAUUCAAGAAAGAAGAAUGUGAAAACCGUGGUGCUGAAUGGAGAAUAAUCGCUAACCAAGAUUGUCGCUUACGAUCAAAUGCUGAUGAACAAUGUCCCAUGAUGUGCCCAAUGAUUCUCGCUCCAGUUUGUGGUAUGGAUAAUACUGGAAACUUCAAAACUUUCAGCAAUGAAUGUUUCUUCAAAAGCACACAAUGCGAAAAUCGUGGCGCUGAAUGGAGAAUUGUUUCUCAACAAGAUUGCCGGCUAAGAAAUUGAAAUACAACUUAAAUUUUUUUGAUUUUUUUUUUUAAUUUGAGCAAAUAUUUAGUACCUACCUGUUUCUAAGAAAUAUUUAGUACAUUAUAUAGAACAUAUGUUUUUGUAAUAAUAAUACACGGAAAUAAAAAAUUUGUCUCAAUGAA